CAAGGCAUCAGUUCGAGAGCCGAAGUGCGUCGUACUGCAUGCAUAACGUAUGAGUUUGCGCCUGGAUUCUCCGUCUCGCUCGCUCCGCGGUCCCUGUGUGUGUGUCUGUGCGUGCGUGCUCCGUGUUUUUACAAGUCUUAGCAGGCUGGCGCCCGCGCGAGGAGCGUACUCACCCCCUCCUUGUGGACCUGUGGAAAAAGGGGGUAACUCCUAGAAAAGUGUUGGUUUUUUUUUUACUCUCUCUGUGUGUGUGUGUGUGUAUGUGUGUGUGUUCCUUUUAUUAUUAUUAGGGAGUAGCGGUAAAUGGCUACGACGACUUACAUGCCCGUUAGUACGGGAAUCUCUACCGAGUUAGACGGAACUUCUGCAGGUAGUGUAGUCGGUAUGAACAUUGUGAACGCGGGCGUCGGCGGCUAUCAUACUUCUUCGCCGAGGUCUGCCGCCGAUGCGAGUAACACUGAGAUGAAGUAUAUGCCGCCCGGACAGCAUCAUCACCACCACCACCAUCACCAUCAAGUUCCUUCUUCGCCUUCACCAAACGGUCAUCCGGUCUCACUGUCUGCGACACAUAACCCAUGGGUCAGUCUUCAGCCCAGUUCGGGGGCAGAUCCGUGGACCGCCUCCAUGGCUGGAAUGCAUGCACACCACACACAUCACCACCACCCCCACCAAACGUCGGCAGUGGACAUAAAACCGCCUCAUCCCACCGGCGACGUUCCAGGUAUGCACCACCCGAGAGGUCCUCCGCCUCACCAGCAGGCCGGCGGGAUGACGUCCCCACAUUCCUGGCACGCUCCCGUCGUGUCCACAGGACAUUACAUCCCGACGUCUUCGAACAGCGGGGCCGGAUCUCCCCUGCAGCAUCACACGAGUUCCGCUGCGGCGUACCAGGCGGCGAUGAACGGUAUGUUGGCCCAUCAUCACCACCAAGCGAGUCCUCAGCUGCACCACUCGCUGAGGGAAAUCAACCACAGUCCGUCCCCUUUGCACCAUCAACACCCUCACCAGCAUCCGGACGCUAGAGACCCGUCUGGCGGCGAAGAAGACACCCCCACGUCCGACGACCUCGAAGCAUUCGCCAAACAAUUCAAACAACGUCGGAUAAAGCUUGGGUUCACGCAAGCCGACGUCGGCUUAGCGCUCGGGACACUGUACGGGAACGUUUUCUCUCAGACGACGAUCUGCAGGUUCGAGGCGUUGCAACUGAGCUUCAAGAACAUGUGCAAGUUGAAGCCGUUGCUUCAGAAGUGGCUUGAAGAAGCCGAUUCUACGACGGGGUCACCUACAAGCAUCGAUAAGAUAGCGGCUCAGGGCAGGAAACGGAAAAAGAGGACGAGCAUUGAGGUCUCGGUUAAAGGCGCCCUGGAACAACAUUUCCACAAACAACCGAAGCCAUCGGCUCAGGAAAUCACUGCGUUAGCGGACAGUCUGCAGCUGGAGAAGGAGGUCGUCAGGGUGUGGUUCUGUAACAGGCGACAGAAAGAGAAGAGGAUGACGCCGCCAAAUACACUCGGAGGCCCUGAUGGUAUGAUGGAAGGCGGACCUCAGGGUUUGCAAGGGGGACCUCCACACGGGCUACACCAGGGUUACCAUCACCAGGACAUGCACGGUUCGCCGAUGGGCCAACACUCACAUUCGCACAGCCCACCGAUGCUCUCACCCCAGUCUAUGCCUACGCACCAGUCACUAACAGCUCACUAGCAUUUGCUGUAAGUGCUUUCGGCCUCAUCACUGAACCCCACUGACAGCUUCAGAACACUCGCGAUGCCAAGAAAUCCUCACCAUCAACGUCAAAGCAGGAUAGACGAGAAAUCAAAUAUUCCGAUUACGUUAGGCCCCCAUUUCAUACUCGCUGUGCACAUCUGAUCAGGAAUAACUCGAGAAAAUUACAUAAACAAACAUUGAAGAUGAAGACGAUGAGCUUUUGUGAUUUGUGUUGCAUAAUUAAUCAAUUAAUUACUAUGCAGUCAGCGGCCAUGUUUGAAUUCAUCAUUGAACGACUACAAAGUACGUAAUUAUGCAAAGAUAUUUUCCCCCCCCCCUCCCUCUCGAAUCUCCCUUUCUGCUGAUGAAUCAUUUGAGUGUUACCGCAAGAAACACACUCACUCACUCACUGUUGAUGAUGGUUUCUGUCAAACAAUUAUUUCUGAAGCCCACGUGAAUUGAGGUUCAAAUGCCAGUGGAGAACAUUUUUAUACAUUUGUAAAUAUUGAUAAUCGUAAUGUGCGGUUGAUUCAUAACAGCGGUGAGGAACUUCCUACAGUGUUUGUACAAAAGAAAAGAAAACCCAGAAGGUACAGUCUGUAUAAAAGUGUUUUCAAUUCAAUUGUGGUUGCGUUCGAACUUAAAAAAAAUUUGUACAUAAGCAGUAAAACUCGUGAUCGAUCGAGGGCACUUCGUAGUAACAGAACCAGGCUUAAAGGAAGCAAAGAUUGUGUAUCAAUUAUUAUAGUUAUUAGUGUAUAAUAAAUAGAAGAAUACAGAAACGUUCUAGACUUUUUUUUAUCUUAAUCUGAAUUUAUGGUAAUUCAAGAAAAGAAAAUUUUUCCUUACCGGGGGAUUUCAGUUGUAUAUUUCAUGCAAAGUUCGAUAAUUCAACAAGAACUGAUUGAAACCAAUUUGUAUAUAUUUAUUAUAUUACGUUGUACGCGUGUGAAAAGAAUGUCUUUCUGAAAAUUUAAGUACCGGCAGCGAUUAAGGCGUGAAUUUGUUUAUGAUUACUGUUAAAAACACCGGUAUGAUACGACUUGAAAUUUAACGAGGAUGGAAAUUUUUGAACUCUUGCUUUCAGGAAUUAUCUCCUGUAAGGUAAAUUCCAAAUUUGGAAGAAUCAAAAACAUUUCAGAGAGAAUGAAUGUAUUGGAAUUUUCUGGAAGUUGGCGUGACUUUGAAGAAACAUCUUCACGAAAAGUGUUUGAGAGUGUGAAGUCAGGAAAAUGAAGGGGACUGGCAGGUAUGUUCUUGCCGGCCAAGGCAUUCCGUGCAACCGAGGAAUUGGUACACCAUCGCACCGUCAACUGACCAGCAGCCCAGACGUGGGAGAAUGUGACGUUCAGCGACAACAAACUCUUCCUGAGGAAGUUGCCACUAACGAAAGAACAAUCCCCCACGCCUCAACCCCUCCAUCACGUUGGUAACACCGUACAACCCCCCCGCAGAAAAUAAGGUAGGAUGGAUCCAGUGAAUUAAAAAGAAACACAGAUUAAAGGUAAACAAAGUUAUGAGAUAGGCAGCCAGUGAUAAAUUCUGUUUCAUUUAAAUGAAAUGUUUCGUGUGCUGUUAUUAGUGCUUCUUCAGGAAAAAAAAACAACAACAACAAUAAAAGACAUAGUAAUACAUGGAACCAAAAUAAAGAAAUAAGGAACAAUAUAACAAUUUUUCAGAAAGAAUAUAUAUAUAUAUACGUACGUAUUAAAAUAGUGUCCUCUUUGCACAUAAAAUCAGUUUUUUUUUUCAUUUCGUAAUUAAGGAAGUUAAUAAAUACAAUACUCAGAGUAUUUUUUACGAAACAGAAUUAAUAUUUGAAAGAGAACAUUACGUGGAUAUGUACACAAAUAUGUUUUAAUGUUUGAGAAGUGACUUGCAAGUGACUUCACCCAAUAUUUUGCCAAUAGAUGAUAAUAGACUGUGUAUGAAGAUAACUGGGCUUGAAGGCAUUUUUUUUGGUCGUAAUGUCUUUUGGUAGAUUAUGGCGGAAUUAUUACGCACUUGUUUUUCAUAAAACAGUUGUGCCAUAUUCUAAAUUUGUUACGUUACUCUAUUAUAUUAACUUAACCACAGCAGGCUUGUUCAUAGUUUCACGCCCCGAAAUCCUUGACUAUUCGCACCGAUUUGAAAAUUGAAAAAAAAUACGACAUUUAAUGUUGUGAAAAUAAUUUAAAUCGAAAAACACUCCAAAUCCUGAUUAUUUUUAAAGGUUGGAACCAUUUCAAUUGUUGUAUAGUUUAAACAAAUCCAAAGUUUUAUAUUCUUUUAGAAAAAUGAAAUAUGUUUUUCCUGUUAAAAAUGAACUUUCAAAGAUGGAGCCAGUAUUUGUAAUAAUUUAAUGUUGUGAACGUUGAUUUAAGAAGUGAAAGAAAAAAAAACAUUUCAAAGGAAUCUAGACAAGUUCUGAACAAUUAGAACAAAAAUAUCUGUGCCAACAUUAAUUAAUAAUCUGUGACUUUUACUUGUAAUAAAUAUCUUUAUUUCUACAUAAAGCAAAGUCUCUAAAUUCGCAUGAAUAACACCGGACUUAUUGUUUAAGCGUUUGGAUCCCUUCGAAGUUUUAAGGUCAUAAAUCUCUGAUUAAUUUCUUUUAAGACAGAAAAUACUUUCGGAAAUAUUUUUGGUGGGCUUUAUCUUACAUUACUUAAGUUAAUAAAAUAUAAUUCAGAAUUGGUUUGCAGUUCUCAUACCUUUAUGAAGACGAGCUUAUAAAUGGCGAUCAAUAUCAGAACCUAACACGUAGACCAGAAAUUAUUAUAAUAAUAAAUUUAAUUUGUAUUAAAAGUGCUUCAAAAGCCAAAUUUAUACCUUGCACAAAAUUAGCAAUUCAAUUGAAAGCACAAUACCGUCUGAGUAGGCUGUUUAAAAUUCUCUUAUACGCGGUUACGAAUUUUAAAAUAGAAUUUAAAACGAUUAUCGUGAUUUCGAAAUAAUUCGGAAUAUAUUUACGUUCAUAUCUAAUAACAGUUUUUAAAUCACAGGCCAGUUUAAACAUUUCAAAGCAGUGUCAACGGACUUGCGGUCCAAAAAGGAGCCCACAUAAUACGAAUUUAAAUUUCUUAUUGUGUCAAAGUCCACCCGGUUAAGAGUUUGAGAAGGCACGGUUUUUAUGUUAAAUACGAACAUUCUCGCAGGGAAUGGCUGGUUAGCGACCGACAGGUGACUUGUCGGGACAUCAGUUGAGUGGGAAUUAUGUGUUGACGCGAGCAGUCACAGCCUAAACUACUGAAAUUAAUUUCGAAACCUAUUUCACGUCAUGGAAAACAGUACACAUUAAUAAUACCUGGAUUUUAUGCGAAAGCACGUGUAACGUUUUGUCAUGUUUUAAUGUAGUUCUGUUUGGAUUAUUUGUUGCGUGUCUUUAAGAUACAUUAAGUGUUUAUGAAAUUUCAUAACGCGAAUUAACAACCCGCUCGAAGAUUAAAAUAAUUGACUUAACGUAAAUAUGACAAGAUGAUAGAAUUUUAAUUUUUUUUUAAAAAAAAUAUUCUCUGAUUUAUUUUACACACAUACAAACAAUUUGUGUACUGUUUUGGGGUUUCUGUAUGUAAUAACUUUUCCGGAGGUAUUUACCCAUAAUUCCUGCAAUUCCUGGACUGUUUAACUUUAUUUAGUCUUGUUGAAGUUUAUGGCUUGUGUUAAUUCUCAGAGUGAUUUUGACAGGUCGCCUAAACUUAAUAGGCUAUUAUAUUUCUGUACCCCGAAUCCUUAAUUGUCGGUAACAACAAUUAAUUUGGUCUACAACACCCACAAUAUUAAUAAAUAUAUUACUCCCAUUUCGAAAUGUUACUAUAUAGCAGCCUCUGUGAACUACAGAUUCAUUUACGUUUUAAUGACUUACUUGAAGAAUAAUGCAGUUGUUUUUGAAACAAAAUUGAUGAAACCGUUGUCAGAGAUAAUUGUAAUGAACUUCGCAUUUGUGUCUCCUCACUCAACACGUGGAAGACAAAGGCCUGUGUGUUUGCGUGUGUUAACAAUAUUUGAGAAACCUGAUAUUUGAAAUAUGGCAUCCAUUCUCACCGAACAUUGUGAUCUUUAUUUCAAGUUGUUGAUAGAGUUUUGUUUGUUUUUAAAUGGAAAAAUAAUAAUAAUAAUAAUAAUAAUUAAAAAACAACUGAAUAAGAAUGCAUCUCAACUGUUAAGAAUAGUUUAUAUAUUUGACUUCUGUACGUAAAUCACUUACUUUGUUGUAUACUGACGUUUCAGAGCAAAUCAUCUACAUAAAUAAAUGACGUGCUUUUGUCAUAUGAAAGUACCAUGACUAAUU